AUGGCAGGCGGGCGGCGGCGGGGAGCGGUUCUGGCUGGGGCCGCUGCUCUGGCCGAGACGCGGCGGUGGGGAAAGAGCGAGGGAAAAGCCCCCGUGGCCUCGCUUCCCCCUCGGGCGGCUCCCUCGCCGCCCCCCGGCCUGUGGUCGCGCAGCCAGUUCCCUCCGAAGUUUCAUCCGGGGCGCCACGUGAUUUCCACGAAGCCCGCCUCGAGCCCGCCUCGGAAGGCGCCGCCGCAGCCCGGGCGCCCCAGUCAGGCGAGCGCGGGAGCGGGAGCGGGCGCCUGCCUGCCUCUGCUCUCUUCCCGGCCGGGUUCUGCCCCAGCAAGGCGGCGAGCGGCCGGGGAACCACGCGCGCCUCGCGGUUGCCGGCAGCUGCCGGGAUGUCCCUGGCUGGGCUUUCCGCCUAGGCUGAGAGGCAAAGCAAGGCAAGCAGCCAAGCAGGCAUUCGUCCGGCGCAGCGCGGCGACGACGACGCUCCACCUCUCCGGGGCUCCCCCGAUGCGCUUUGGCCGCCUCCUGCCGGCUGCGCGCACAAGGAGGAGCGCCAGCGCCGCCUCGGCGGGAUGUCUCAGGGCGCGCCGGCGGCGGGCACUUUGCGAAGGAGCUCCUCUUCGGAGGGGACGCAGCAGGGUCAUGAAGACGAUGAAAGGAAGUACGACGGAGAGAGAAGAACAGAGUUGCGGCCCAGAGGAGCAGAAAGAAACAAACACAGAAAGCAGAUAAACUCCACGAGGUGAACAUUGCUGUGGAUCCCUGAGGGAGGGAAGAGCAGUAAUAUCACUCCCGAGUGCAAAUGAAGGCCCUCUUCAUACUUGUUUAAGGGCUGAACAAAAUGGCAGCAUUUGCCAGGGCUGGGGAACCUGGCUUGUUGUUGAGCAGCUGUAAAGUAGCAAAGGGGAGUGUGUGUUUUGUAGCGGAAAAGCAGCUGGUGGGAGGGGGGUGCUUAACCCUUUCUCUGCCUACUGGUACUACUGUCCUCCCACCCCACGCUGCUGCUUUUUCCUUGGAUGCAGCAAACAUGA